AUGUACAGCAACACCGUCGUCAACAUCAACGUGCACAAUGCCCAACUACGAGCUGCGGCGAGUCGGUUCAUCACCGUACUCAAACGGACGCAGGCCCUGAGAGAGCUCGAUGGCUUUGAGGACGCCGAGAUCAUCCUCAUCGGUGGCCUAGCGGUCACGUCUCACACCAACCACCGGACUACCGACGUACGAACGACUCAUUCCACCUUUCCAACCAUCCUCAGCUAA